AUGGCACCACCAUCUUCUGUUGUCUCCUCUCGAAGGUCUAAGGGUGUCCUCGUUCUAUGGGGAUCGGUCGACCCUACCACAACUGAGGAGAACGCAUUGAACGAUUGGUGGACCAACGAACACCUUCCCGAGCGUGUAUGCCUCCCUGGCUUUCAAAGCGCGCGCCGCUACCGCGCACUCGAACCCGAAUAUGGGCCAAACGAGUAUCUAGCACUGUACGAAACUUCGGAUGUCCAAGCUCUGGCAUCGGCCGAGUAUCUAUAUGCUCUCGACCAUCCGACAAAGAAGACAGUGCAAUUUAUGCCUUGCCUGGCAAACAUGAGCCGCUUCGCAUGCGAAGAGAUCUGGUCAGCAUCCUCGCCGACUUCGAUGUCAGACCAAGCGGAGACCUACGGAUUGUUAAUGCUUGUUUUUGAGACCAACAAUGCGAUGGAUAUUUCGACAAGAGUUAUUGGUGACUGCCUCGGUCGCAACGAGCAUGGCGCGCUGGCAAAUGUAACGCGUUCUCAAAUCGCAAGAGUAAAUCCAGAUAUUACAAGAGCGGGAAGUGCAAGCAAGUCUUAUGACAAUGUCCGGUUCGAUAGCUCGAGCGGUGGCGAUAGCACAAAGACGGCUGGGACCUUCGUCGCACUCGUGGAAUUUGGUAGCACUGCUGACGGCUCAGCACGUAAACUAUCUUCAAGCAACGAGGCGCUUCGAUCGCUCACCGCCACCAUAAAGACUGCUGGGCUACAAAUCCAAUACAUCAACACCUACACGCUCUUAGCCUCUCUCACCAGAUCCCAGGUUGUGUGCUGA